AUGACCCUACGUUACCUAGCCUCAGGCGACAGCUACCACUCCCUGAUGUACGGCUUCAGGGUGGCACACAACACAAUCUCGAAGGUCAUACGUCAGGUCUGCGCAGCCAUCGUUGCUGAAUUUUCCGAGGAGCUCAUCCCCUGCCCUACGACCCCAAACGAAUGGAAGAAGAUAGCCGAACACUUCUCUAACCGAUGGCAGUUGCACAAUUGUCUCGGUGCCCUGGAUGGCAAACAUAUUGCUAUGAAGUGCCCUAGUGGGGGUGGAUCAAUGUACUACAAUUACAAAGGGUUCCAUUCUAUUAUCCUUAUGGCCCUGGUGGACGGUGACUACAAGUUCUCGUGGGUUGAAGUAGGCAGCAAUGGUUCCGCGGGAGAUGCCCAAGUGUUCAACAACAGCGAACUGAAAGAAGCCAUCGAGAAGGGAGUCAUCGGAAUACCUCCCCCUGAGCCGCUACCACAUGAUGACCAACCGAUGCCUUACUUCAUUGCUGCAGACGACGCCUUCGCCUUAAGGACCUGGCUAAUGAAACCCUUCUCGAAGAGGAACAUGGAUAAUUCAGAGAGAAUCUUCAACUACAGGCUGUCGAGGGGUCGUCGGAUUGUCGAAAACGCUUUCGGCAUUCUAGCACAUCGCUUCCGCUGUCUACUGACCACGAUGCAACAGGACCCGAACACAGUGACGUCCAUUGUGCUGUCGUGCAUCUGUUUACAUAACCUUCUGAGACUUCGGAAGAGGAAGGAGCACACGACCGUCGCGGAUCAAGAGGACGCCAAUCACAACAUCAUCCCAGGAGAGUGGCGCAAGGACAACCCUCUCUUGGACGGGAUAUCAGACCUUGGACGCAACUCCACCACAAACGCCGCAAAGAAACAGAGGGAAUAUUUCCGUGCUUACUACAACUCGGAAGUGGGCUCAGUGCCGUGGCAAAAUGACAUGAUUUAA